UCUGUUUAUUCUUACCAUUUGGAGAAACUUUACAGCUUUACAGUUACUCAUUUCAUACAGAAAAAACUAUUUGCUAAGCACACGCAACCAAUUAUUUAAGAUAAUGUGUGAUGCUUUUUUUUAUUUUGACAAUAACUUUAAAACCACAACAACUUUUCUUUGUUUUGUGGAAUAGACCAUUCCUGCAAUGGACAGGUCAACAACCCACUUCCACUGUACUUAAACGUAAUUUAAACCGCACUACAGGUUGUCUUCCAGUAAUUCAAUUUGCAGAAUUAGCAGUUGCUGACACUCAAAUCCCAACAUGUGGUCACUGUAGGUACUGUGGCUCAGCCUGAAGGAAAUAUGGACCAGUAGGAGUGGGAUGAUUUGAAGAAGUGUACUUUUUCAAUUAACACAGUAAUGAACAGCACUCUCACCUUGUGAAUGCAUGCAGGAAGAGGAUCUCAUUCAAGUGCCAUAUGGCAGGACGAUUGCAGCUGCCAGGCAAUCUACUGUAGAAGUCAAAGAAGCAACAGUUGCAUGCCUGUGUCUGCUAUAUUUAUCAUAUUUGCUAUGUUACAGAAAUGUGUGACAUGACUGCACUGUGCUGCCCUGGCUCCAUCCUGACUAAGUCUCAAAUUUCAGCAUCAUGCCAGUGUCCUGUGCUUUGCUUGCCACUACAACAGUGCAGUGUGGUAGUAGUGACACAGUGACCGAUCGGACAAUUGGCCGUCAGUCUCUGACAGAAAUCGUUGAGGGACAGAAAACGGCAAGGACACACUGUCUUGGAAAAAGCAGUGUGGCAGCAGUAGGGAGCUUGCGUGGUAGCGAUUCAAGUUUGUAGUUGUUUUGAGUCAUUUUCUGUGUAAGUUUAGCCUGCUGUCAUAGAAUUACUCUAGUUGUACAGUAAUUUCUUGCACGCCUUUGCUUUGUGUGACCAUCUGAUGGAGAGACUAAAGCGACAUGUCUGCCGCUCCCAGGGUAGGUGGAGUGAAGUAAAAGAAAUAGAGAGAGAAAAGGAAGGGGAGGAAAUGGCACUUUGUCUGUAUGAGUGUCUGAAAGCGGUUGGCCUACAGCAUCACUAUGCCAGGUUUACCUCAGUGGGUGUUUGUCGUGCAGCCCACCUUUCAGCGCUGACCAUGGAGGACUAUCCCAUCCUGGGAAUCCGCUCUAUGGAGGACAGAACUCGGCUCUUCCAUCUGGUCCAAAUGAUCAAAACUCUUGAUCUGGAGGGCCUUGAAUAUGAAGAUGUUGUUGAUGAUGAUUACGGUGCUGAUGGUGUUGAUGAAGGUUAUGCUGUAGCAGAUUGUAGCUUUCCUGAUGAUGAUGAUAUAUAUGAUGAUGAGGAUGAGAAGGGGGCUGCUGUGAGUAAGCUAAAUGCAGCCAAUUUUUCCAAACCAUCAUGCGUUCGCAGACGGCUUGAUUUCAGUUGUGAAGCCAUCGAUCACCAUCAGAAGCAAGUUGCUCAUCCUCUAGACAAUGUUCAUGUCUAUGCAAGUCAUAAUAGAAAUAAUGAGCCAGGCCGGGGCAGAGGCUCAGCCAUACCUGUGCAGCUUGAGCUUGACACUGGAAGUGCUGUGGUGUGUGGCUGCAAAGGGAACAACAACCGCAGGCUGGAUGUCCAUAGUCAUCAAUCUGAUCAUCACACAGGAGCAAACACCAAGCCAGACAUCAUGGAAGGAAUUUCCAUGUACAACUCUCACACCAGAUUAUCACCAAAGUGUGUCUCAUUCCACAAACCAAAACCCAGACCUGCAACAGUGGCAUCAAAGAGGUUUAGUAACAAACCAGUUGGGCACAAAGAUAGAAAAGGAAUCUCCAGGAAGGAAAAACUCUAUACAGAAAUAGGCAGUAAUGGGCCUUCUGAACACAUGGCUAAGCCAACACCUGUUUAUGAAUCAAAGAGAACAGCUGGCUACAACUACGGACUACCACUGAGUUCCCCUGCUGCCCCAAACAAAAAGCAACCAGGGGGGCAGCGGAUCAGUGUGUGUGUGAGGAAAAGACCUCUGACACGCACCGAGAGCAGCAGAGUUGAGGCAGAUGUUGUGACUACUCCGAGUGGAGAGUGUGUGAUUGUCCAUGAAAGCAAAGAGGCUGUGGAUCUCACACAGUACAUACUACAGCACAGGUUCUACUUUGACCAGGUUUUUGGGGAGGAGAGCUCCAACGAGGAGGUGUAUCAAAGAACAGCAUAUCCUCUGGUGCAGCACAUGCUCAAUGGAGGCAAGGCCACCUGUUUUGCAUAUGGCCAGACAGGUGCAGGAAAGACUCACACCAUGUUGGGUUCAUCUCCUGGUAGACCGGGGUUGUAUGCACUGGCAGUCCGGGACAUUUUUGCUCACCUCUCCACCACACACACUCGCUCACCCUUGUUGGUGUAUGUCAGUUUCUUUGAAAUCUACUGUGGUCAGCUGUAUGACCUGUUGGACCACAGGAAAAGGUUAUUUGCCAGGGAAGAUGGACAGAAGGUGGUUCACAUUGCUGGGCUGCGCGAUGUCAGAGUGGACUCAGUCAGCUCGCUGCUGGAGGUGAUUUCACAGGGUACAGAGGAGCGCACACAGGGGAUGAGUGGAGUGAAUCCACUCUCCUCUCGCUCCCAUGCCUUGCUUCAGAUUCAGCUAAGAGGUUCGAACCAGCAGCUAGCUGGUAGAAUGUGGUUUGUGGACCUGGCAGGAAGUGAGAGGGCAUCAGAUACUAAAGAACCAGAUAGGCAGAGUCGUAUGGAGGGAGCUGAGAUCAACCAGAGUCUGUUGGCUCUUAAAGAAUGUAUCCGGUCCCUUGAUCAAGAGCAGUCGCACACACCUUUCAGACAAAGUAAACUUACUCAGGUUUUGAAAGACUCAUUUGUUGGUGACUCAAUGACAUGCAUGAUUGCCAACAUUUCACCUGGUCACUUAGCAACUGAACACACACUUAAUACACUGAGAUACGCCGACCGAGUGAAGGAGUUGAGGGGACAGGGGAGACUAAGAGGAGGAAGAAGAGGCAAGACAAUACCCUCCCCCAAGUGUAACCUGUCCAACAGCAACAGCAGCAGCGGAGGCAGCAGUAUUGGCAUUCGAGGGAAAAGUCCCCCUAAAAAGUCAAAGUUAGGGAGACAAAGAGAGGCUUCCACGAGGUUGACCACAGGCGGCGCAAUUCUCUGCUCCACACCCAAGAACAGCAGAUGGGGAGAGGAAAUAAAUGCAAAAGCAAGAAAGGGGAUUGGACUUGAACAGAUUACAGCAGUCAGAGACUUGCUGGGAAUGGGUGAUAAGAGGGAGGGGAGGAAGAGAGCAGGUGGGAGGGAAGGUAGAAGAAGGGAAAGAUAUGGAGGAACUGACAGUGCAGGUCACUCAAUUGGUGACCAAAAUGUUGGGGCAGGGCUGGUCUUGGGACAAGCAACAGAUGAACAGCUUCACUGGUGGGAGGUACAGAGCAAAUCUGGAUUCUACCACAGAGAAAAAGAGAAUCAACAAAGCACUUUGAAAGGGGGAAGAGAGGAGGAAAGAAGGCGGAUAGAACAGAGAAGUCAAGUGGAAAGCAGUAGAGACACAUGUAGUAAAGUAGAAAGGCUAAGGGGAAAAGAUUUACAAAAGAUUGAUGAAAAGGAUAAGGAGAGGGAGAGGCAUCUGAGACAGUAUCACCAGCAGCUGCAGCAGUUUGCUUACUCAUCUGCUUCUUCAUCUGUCCAUCUCUUUUCACCCUCUACAUGUCCGUCUUUCUCUUCAUCUAAUGAGGCUUCUCUCUCUUCCUCUGUCUCUCCAAUUUCCUGUUCUUCUUUCCGACAGAACUCUUCUCACCUGUCAGUUUCUGCCCUUUUGUAUCAUGGUUUGGAAGAGGUUUUAGAUGCGUACAGAGCCAGGGUUGAGGUUAGGGCUGAUGGUAACAGAGGACAGUUGUCUUUCUUCCCCAGUGGAGAGAUUUGCUUACAACCUGAAACCUCUCCAAGCUACAAUAAAAACAAGAAUGAGGUUGGUCAUGGUGGUAUUGGUGAAGAUUGGAGGGUAUCCUGGGCAGAGGCAAGAUUUGGACAAGACAGAGGUAAAAGUGAGAGGAGGUCACUGAAGGCAACAGGUGAAGGAGAGGUAAGCGUAAGGGGGGAAGACCUGAGGCCAGCUGGGAUGGAAGGAGGAGGAGAGAGGAUGUGGGCUUGGGUGGCAACAACAGAGACAGAACAGGGAGACAGGAUGACAGGUACAAUGCAAGCUGAUGGAGAGGAACCUGUGUCUUACAACUGUGAUUCAGAAGACAGGAGAGAAGUGGGUGGAGUGUGGGGUACUGAGGAGCGAGACGGAGCUGACAGCCACAGCUUAGUGUCCACCCACAGCAACAAUGACAGCAACUGCCUCUUUAACCACCCUCCUGUUGAGUCACCCCAUCAACAAGCUCCAGCAGAACGACCCCUCUCCCCAGCCUGUAAAAUACCUGCUGAGCCCCUUAACAUAUUAUCUGAAAAUCCAGCUUACACUCAGGUACACAACCAUCCAGAGGUCAAUGCCAAAAUGUCUGUUUUACCUCAAGAAGAGACUUAUACAGAUUCUCUCAGCUACAUCAUGGACCCCCUCAGCAUCUCCUUGCUUCAAGUGGACCAUCAGGCCGCCACAGUCUCGUUCCUCCAAGGGGAACUGAACAACACCUCACUCUGUCUGUUUGAAAAUGAUAGGGGAGAAGAUAACAGAAGGGAAGUGGAAAAAGAGCGUCUCACAUGUGCGCCGAUGGCAGGAAAAGUUGUAGAGGACGAGGACGUAGAAUUUUGCCUGUCUCUUUUGGAGCAGCCACAAACACAGACCAACUGCCCUCCAACCUCUGACACCAUGACAGCUACUAAUCACUCUCAACAAAGAAAAGACAUGUGUUGUGCCACGUGCGAAUAUUGUGGAAUAGGCAUGAUGAAGCCUUCUAUCCCUGAGGUUAUGCUAGCCUCUCUCCAGGACCAAGAGAACAAUCAGAAACCUCUAACCAUGCCUGCUAUUGAAGUCCUGGGCAACAAAGUCCCUGCAUUCCCACUUAAACCCUCUGCAUGUGCUUCUAUGCAAACUUCUGUCAUGCAGUCCAUCUCAUCCUCUGUCCAGCACUCUGAGAACACUUGUUCACACAAUCUAAUGACAAAUGGCGCCACCCAAAUGCCACCAGAAUAUGCACACAAUGUGCACGGCAAACUUGCUUUUUCCAUUUCAAUACCACACUCAGAAAAUGUCUUGGGCCAGUUGAACACAUUGCCAAAGCAGUGUCACACAGUACAGUCAGACCAUUCCAGCAACUCAAACAUCUCAUGCCAACCAAAUAGUUCUACAGAAUCAAAUAGUCAAGAGACCACCAGCAAUCAGCAAAUUAGUCCCAAAAUCAAUCUUUCUACGCUGGAAGACUUGGAUCAUGGCCAGUGGCGUGUUGUCCAGGCCCAUUGGGAGCAGCUAGAAGAGAUGGAAGCUUUAUGUUGUAAAGAGGGGACACUUCUGUGCCAGCAACCUGAUAUGGCAUUUGGGGAGUAUGUCCACAAGCUAGAGGAGAUCAUGGAGAGAAAGGCUCGGUGUGUCCACAGCAUGAUAUCCCAGCUGCAGCCAUAUCUUAAGCCCAGUCAUUCUAACCAACUGCACAACCAAGGAGAAGAUAAUGAUGAUCCAAUUUCAUGAAUAAACUAAGUUACUAAGCACUAACAUUAUAAGUGCAGCUGAUACACUGAAGAAAUGCCAGUUAUGCAAAGCCAUACUGUUUAUGAGUGCAAAAUAUAUUUUUCACUAACAACACUAAAUACAGUAUCAGUCAAUAUUAGUAUUUUUUUUUUUAUAAAUGUUCCGGUGACUUAAGCUUGAAGAGUUCACUAGGCUUUGGACAGAUAUCACUUGAUGUGUGUGACAUCAAGAGAUGUGUUACACAAUGGUUCUUGUUGGGAAACUUGCCAAGACAUGUUUGCCCAUAGAUACAAUAAUAUAUAUAUUAGAAUCAUAAGAGAAAAGUAUGUCCAUUUGUCUGUUUGUGCAUUCUGCAGAUUGACGCGUGCAGGUGUGGGAUUGCUUAUUUUUCUUAGAUCCUCCCUGCUGUAUACAUGCUGAUUCAGAUGCAAAGAAUAUGAAAUUCAUAUAUAUUUAGUUCUGAAUCAUAAGUUGUUAAGUUCAUCUAAAAAAAUGGAGAUGUGUUACACUACUGUGGAAACUUGGAUGCCUGGUAUUUAGAAAUUAAGUUAUUUUAAUAGCUGCCAUUUAUGUACUGUUUACUGUAUCUUUUAAUUUAACCUAAUCCAGCAGUGCAGUAUUUAUGCAAGCCCAGUCUUGAUCCAACUUUUGGAGUUUCUCCUAGUAUCAGACUGAUCAUUCUUCCUUAGCUGUGGUCUUGCUUGUUUUUUCCCUUGGUCUUAAAAACUACUAAUCUUUAUUUUGUUCCAUGAAAAUCACAGUACAUGAUCAUUUUGAGACAUGGCCUUGGUAUUGGAAUUGAUCAGGACUUUCAGUUUCCUUGGUUUGAGUCUAAUCUUAACAUGUGCUUUACCUGCACCCCCACCAGACUCUUUCUGGACAAAGACCAGCCCAGCCUGAUUAGGGUUGGUCUUCUGUUUGGCUAUGGGCUCUGACACUGGAAUGAUAAUACACUGAACCAAAGAUGCACAACUAAUAUUUUGCUAACCUACUUCAAACUUGUGCUUAGGUUGUCUACUGAGAUGUUUACUUGGCAGGUGGAAAACUGUUUUCUUGUGCUACAUUUUUUAGUAAAAAUUGCCAGAUUUUGUUAGUCUUCUGAUAAAAGGUUGUGAUACUUGUGAGGCAAUGAAAUUAUUGGUGUAAAUUCAGUUUUCCGCUGAGUUGUUGAGGCUACUUGGUUUUUGAAACAGUUCUAAGGGUUUAAGAUUUAAUUAAAUGUGCUUGAUAAUCAGA